CUAAAGCUUGCAGGUCUGUCAGUGAGCGGUGACGCGAUCGUCUGAUGACGAGUUAAAUUUAAAUCGCCUGAAAGCACGAAACACGUUUACGUAUUUAUUCAUGUAUGUAUGUAUUUACUUAUUUAUUUAAGCUCAGUAUUGUGCAAUGCCUGAGAAAGACCCCUGUCAGAAGCAAGCAUGUGAGAUCCAGAAAUGUUUACAAGCCAACAGAUACAUUGAGAGCAAAUGUGAACACGUGAUAAGAGAAAUGCUGCGGUGCUGUGCUACACAUUCAGCAGACAAAUCUGUGUGUUGUUCUGGAUUCAAAAAAGAACAUGCAGAAGACAAAACAAAAAACAAAUGAUUGUUACUACUGCAUUGGACAUUAAGUUAUGCAAGUGUUAGACAUUUUCUAUUUAAAGAAAAAAGAAAAAAAUGUAAAAAAACAAAUUGUAAAAGCUUUUUGGAUUUAUUUAAAUCUUUACGAUGAUCAUUUUUUAACGUUAUUACAAUUGUGUCUUACUAUAAUGAACAGCACAAUAAGUGCUUUGGCAAAAAAGUGAAAAGUACAAAAAAAAUGUAACCAAAACACAAUUAAGUAGGUAUAACAACUUUGUUACAGAAAUAGAACUUUUCACUUUGUAUUUGCAUUACACUGUCCACAACACGUUAUUCCCUGCAGCAUGUCUGUAAACAGAAAAAUCAAAAUCUUAAAGGACUUGUCGUUCACUUUUACUAAGUACUAUUCAUAAAAAUUCAACAGA